CGUUCUUGUUCUGCAGUGCUGUGUGCUAAUAUGCUUCGUACAGGCAAGCAAGGUCGCAGAGACAAUGCGGACUGGAUUUUGAGUGAUGUCGGCAUUUUCUAUAUGAACAAGUGGAAUGGAUUGGAUACUGACGCACUAAAGGGGCUCUCUACCUUAUGCUAUGAAGUGAGGGGAAACUGAGUGAAUAAUGACAGGUUAUAUGAUUAUUUAUUUAAACUCAUAUUCGGGCCACUUUAUAAUGAAUAUGUCGGCAUGUAUUUGUAAAAAAAAAAUAUAUAUAUAUAUUUUUUUAACACCAAAUUAUUUAGGGGGGCUUAAGAAUAUUUUAGGGGGCUUGAGCCCCCCUAAAAUAGGCCUAGCAACGCCAAUGCCCUAACAUUUGACUUAAUAUCUAAACCAAAACAAAGUGGAUCAAACUGUGUCUUUAAGCUGCCGAGCAUGAAAAACCAACAGUCUCCACUAGAGGUCAGUGUAUGCUCAUGACUACAUCACUCUAAUUGCACACCACACACACACACACACACACAUACAUACACAUGUACACGCACGCACACACAUAUGUUGUGCUGAUUGGAGUGUCAGGCAGAGGUGGACAAGUUCCACAUCAGUUAAGUGAGCAGGACUGCAGCAGAACCUCACAGCUGUGAAGUCAUGAUGUGAGUCCCCAUCGUUCACCCGGGAGGAGGAACUUCCUGCGGCUCCACGAGCAGGAUGAAGACCGUCAAGUGAACUUCGCAUAAGAAUGACAUCAUCAGUCUCUGCCCCCCCGUCCCUCUUCCUCAUCCUCUUCCUCUUGGGUCGCGAGCACCCCGUCGCCGCCCGGCUACCACGGCUACGCCUCCUCGUGUUCCUGUGCUUGUGGACGGACCAGGAGGGGCUGCGGGCGACGGCCUCACAUCAACACUUCCACCCGCACUCCAUCAAGAUUCCGGGCGACAUCACCCUGGGCGGCCUGUUCCCCAUCCACGCUCGUGGACCCCACGGCCUGCCCUGCGGCGAGCUGAAGAAGGAGAAGGGCAUCCACCGCAUGGAGGCCAUGCUGUACGCCUUAGACCAAAUCAACAGCGACCCUGAGCUGCUGCCCAACAUCACGCUCGGUGCUCGCAUCCUGGACACGUGCUCCAGGGACACCUACGCCCUGGAACAGUCCCUCACCUUCGUCCAGGCUCUGAUCCAGAAGGACACGUCCGACAUCCGCUGCUCCGACGGCGCACCGCCGAUCAUCCGAAAACCGGAGCGAGUGGUGGCGGUUAUCGGCGCCUCGGCCAGCUCUGUGUCCAUCAUGGUGGCCAACAUCCUGCGUCUCUUUGAGAUCCCUCAGGUGAGCUACGCGUCCACGGCUCCAGAACUGAGCGACAACAAUCGCUACGACUUCUUCUCUCGGGUGGUUCCUCCAGACUCCUACCAGGCUCAGGCCAUGUUGGACAUUGUCAAAGCUUUGGGCUGGAACUACGUGUCCACGCUGGCCUCCGAGGGCAACUACGGCGAGAGCGGAGUGGACGCCUUCGUGCAGAUCUCCCGGGAGGCUGGCGGGGUGUGUAUUGCCCAGUCGGUGAAGAUCCCUCGCGAGCCCACCGAUGGGGAGUUUGACAAGAUCAUCAGGCGCCUGAUGGAGACCAGCAACGCCAGAGGAGUCAUCAUCUUUGCUAACGAGGACGACAUCAAACAGGUCCUUGAGGCGGCCAAGCGCGCCAACCUGACGGGCCACUUCCUGUUUGUGGGCUCUGACAGCUGGGGGGCAAAGAGCUCGCCAAUCAUGGAGCUAGAGGACGUCGCCGAGGGCGCCGUCACCAUCCUGCCAAAACGGGCCUCCAUAGACCGCUUUGAUCAGUACUUCAUGUCACGCUCUCUGGAGAACAACCGCCGCAACAUCUGGUUCAACGAAUUCUGGGAAGACGACUUCCGGUGUAAACUGACCCGGCCGGGAGUUAAAGUGGACCCUGGGAAAAAGAAGUGCACAGGGCAGGAGAGAAUCGGCCAGGACUCUUCUUACGAGCAGGAAGGAAAGGUCCAGUUUGUGAUCGACGCGGUCUACGCCGUAGCUUACGCGCUGCACAGCAUGCAGCAGAACCUCUGUGGCGCCGCCUCGGGGGUCUGCAACAAGAUGGAUCCGGUGGAGGGACGCUCGCUGCUGGACUACAUCCGAGCCGUCAAUUUCAAUGGAAGUGCCGGCACCAGCGUUCUGUUCAAUGAGAACGGAGACGCCCCGGGUCGCUACGACAUCUUCCAGUUCCAGAUGACCAAUCACAGUCACUGCGGCUACCAUGUCAUCGGCCAGUGGACCAACAACCUGCGUCUCAAGCUGGAGGAGAUGCAGUGGUCUGGGGGAGACAAAUCCCUUCCAGACUCCAUUUGUAGUUUUCCUUGCAAACCAGGAGAGAGGAAGAAGAUGGUGAACGGGGUGCCCUGCUGCUGGCAUUGUGAGCUCUGCGAUGGCUACCAGUACCAACUGGACGAGUUCACCUGCGAGACGUGUCCCUCAGACAUGCGGCCGCUUCCCAACAGAACCGCCUGCCGUCCCACACCCAUCAUCAAACUGGAGUGGAACUCCCCCUGGGCCCUAGUGCCCGCCUCUCUUUCGAUGCUUGGUAUCCUAGCAACCAGCACAGUCGUCAUCGCCUUCGUCCGCUUUAACGACACGCCCAUCGUCCGAGCGGCGGGAAGAGAGCUCAGCUACGUGUUACUGACAGGGAUCUUUUUGAUCUACUUGAUCACUUUCCUGAUGAUCGCUGAGCCGGGCGUGGUGGUGUGUGCCCUGCGGCGCCUCCUGCUGGGCCUGGGCACAGCCAUCACCUACUCGGCCAUGCUGACCAAAACCAACCGCAUCUACCGGAUAUUUGAGCAGGGCAAGAGGUCGGUCACGCCGCCCAAGUUCAUCAGCCCCGCCUCCCAGCUGCUCAUCACCUUCGUCCUCGUCUCCGUCCAGGUGUUUGGUGUGUUUGUGUGGUUCGCCGUCGUCCCGCCUCACACCAUCGUGGACUACGACGAGCUCCGCCCCCCCAACCCCGACCUGGCCCGAGGGAUUCUCAAGUGCGACAUGUUGGACCUGUCGCUCAUCUGCUGCCUCAGCUACAGCAUGGUCCUCAUGGUGACGUGCACCGUGUACGCCGUGAAAAGCCGCAAAGUCCCAGAGACGUUCAACGAGGCCAAGCCCAUCGGCUUCACCAUGUACACCACUUGUAUCGUCUGGCUGGCCUUCCUGCCCAUCUUCUUUGGCACGGCGCAGUCCACAGAAAAGAUGUUCAUCCAGACGGCCACCCUGACCGUGUCCAUGACUCUCAGCGCCUCCGUCUCCCUGGGCAUGCUCUACAUCCCCAAAGUCUACGUCAUCCUCUUCCACCCCGAGCAGAACAUCCCCAAGAGGAAAAGAAGCUUCAAGGGUGUGGUCCAGGCUGCUCAGAUGUCUCGCAAGUCCCAACAGAACGGAAAGAGCAACUUCGAGCCGGACAGGACGCAGUGACCCCAAGCAUGAAGGACGCCAUGUGAGUCUGAUCAAUCCCUGCACACCUGAUGGUGGCGUGGUGAAGAUCACACGGUUCACCGCCUUCCUUCCUGUUCCUUCAGUCUUCUCCUGAUCUCUUCUGGUGUUUUGUAAAGCAGUGUUUCCACCAAGACACACAUACAUCAGGCCACCAAACAAAAAAAGUAGGCUAGAAUCAUUGCUGAAAUAGUCACAGAUUGCCUGUUUAGUUUCUACACUGGCUGUCGUCAAGGUGAAGCUGGAGCCUAUCCCAGCUGCAGGCGGGGCCUAUGUAUGAUCACAAACAAACAUUCCUACUCACAUUCUCACCUACAGUCUGGACUCUUUCAUUUGGAGUCUCCACUGAUCACUGCUUUUAAAACUAUCUCUUAUUCUUGGACUUUUAUUCACACCUGACUUCAUUUCUAACUCUUUUUCUUCUUAUAAACUCUGAUAGCAUGAGGUGGAAUCCAUUAGCCAAUCGUUUGAUCCACGGGUGUCCAAACUUUUUCCACUGAAGGCCGCACACUGAAAAAUCAAAGCACGCGGGGGCAAUUUUGAUAUUUUUCAUUUUCAAAACCAUGCAAUAUAUAGAUUUGUUUUUAACCUUUGGGUCUCCCUUCAAGUUUGGUUCACAGGUCUGUCCUAAAAAAAAUGUUUUAAA